UACCUGAGAGAACGAUCCCGAGUUCUCCAGAAGCAACGACCCGAUACCAAAGCCGAGUUUGUCAACAAUGUCAAGAAAGCCUUUGAAGGCACCCCAGCCGAGCGAUUCUUCAAGAAUAACCCCAAGUUCAUUGAGGAGCUGGCCGAGAAGGCUGCCUCUUUGGCGGAUGACCUAACCAACCACCCCGAUCUGCAACAAGGACCUGCUCCCCAAGACGCCCAGGUCACUAUGCACCAGAACGUAAUCUACUGUGACGACAGCUCCUCCAUGCAUCGCGAAGGCCGCUGGGACUCGCAGAACCAGUUGAUCAACCGCAUCGCCCGUGUCACCACGCGGAUCCUGCCCGAGGGCGAGGGCGUCUACAUGCGCUACAUCAACCAGGAGAUCCCCAACUCUGAUAGCCUCAAGUUCGAAGAGCUCCUCAACGCCGUGAAGCCGCUGACCUGGGGCGGCGACACGCCCAUUGGCACCAACCUUAAGAGCAAGAUCCUGCAGCCGCUCGUAUACAGCAAGCUACCGAACGACCUCAAGAGGCCGCUGCUGGUGUCUGUCAUUACCGAUGGCAUGCCGGAGCCGGAGCCCAAGAGCACGUUUGUGAAUGCGAUCGCUGAGUGUGGCGAUAAGCUCGAAGCGGCUGGCCUUCCUCGCGAGAGUGUCAAGUUCAUCAUUGGUCAAGUCGGUUCCGCCAAUGCCGCAACUGAGUUCCUCCAGAGCGUCGGCAAGGAGUCCAGGAUUCAAGACGUCGUAUUCGUGGCCUCUGAAAGGCUCGAUGUCACAACCUCAAGGCUGGAAAAUGAUUGGAAGAUGGAUGAAUGGCUCAUUGAGACGCUCUAUGCGCCCACCAUGAAGGGCUAG